AUGAAGUUUGCGAAGUACCUCGAAGAGGCGCAGACGCCUGAAUGGAAGAAGGCGUACAUAGACUACCGCGCUCUCAAGAAGCAUAUAUCCUUCCUGAAGCGCGCCCAAGAGGGCCACGCACAUCCAGAGUCCUCCCCAGACGUUCUGCCACCCGCGAGCUCGCCGGCGACAUUCAACGUCGUGCUCUCCCCCGUCGAGCCGUCCCAGCCAAACACCAUCAUCCAUGACACGCCCGUCACCUCGGAGCCACCCGAAGUUCCUCCAAAAGACGGGCGAGUGCGCACGCACGACUAUGCCCACAUUCCGCAAGACGAGGAUGAUGAGAUCCAAACUGAGGCGAGGGACCACGUCGCAUCCGUCGAAUCGAGCUACGGGACGGCGCGUAGCCACUUCACUAGCCAAGCAUCGUCGCUGAUGAGGCGGGUAACUGCUCGUAUGCCACGCCCUACGAGGCGCGGCACCGCAUUCUCCUUCCAUGACGCCCUGCAUCGCGUACCAGAGCCCUUCACCAGCGCGCCUAGUUACGCCGUGCUGCUCACCCUCCUUUCACCUUCUGAGCUUCAGUUCUUCUAUAUCCUGGACACGGAGAGGCAGAAGAUCGAGGAGUUCUACUUGGCCAGGGAAAAGGAGCUUCAGGAGCGCACUUCGCAAUUGCGUGGACAGCUGAACGAGCUCAUUGACCAUCGCAAGCUCAUUGAGACCGCUAGCCGCAAUUCAUGUACUCCCUCAGCCUUACCGCAAAGCAUCCGAGUGCGAUUCUCGUACUUCAAACCGACAUCGCUCCCUGCCGCGGAGCGUUCGACUGCCACCUUGGUCGAGCAGAGGGACGAUGCAGACCUCGAAAAGGGCCUGCCGAGGUUAUCUGGGCACAAGCGCGACUGGUCGUCCAGCUCAUCGCUCAGCAAGCGCAAUGUGCUCGACCCAGAUGACUUCCAGCACGCAAAGAGGUGUUUGAAGAAGGCGGUCACAGAACAUUACAGAGCUUUGGAGUUGCUGCAGAACUACCGCAUUCUGAACUUGACGGGCUUCCGCAAGGCCCUCAAGAAAUUCCAGAAGGUUACGAGGAUCCAAUGCAGCGACCUCUACCUUCGCGAGAAGAUCAACACCAGCGCAUUCUCCUCCGACCUGAACAUCAAGGAGAUGAUGGCGGAGAUGGAGCGCUUGUACGCAGUUUGCUUCGCUGAGGGUGACAAGAAGCGGGCAUCAGCCCGCUUGCGUGCGGCCACAGAGCAGAAGACCCACCACUUCAGCACGUUCCGGACGGGCUUGACGAUCGGAAUAUCGCUGCCACCUCUUGCGUUGGGCAUCUAUCAAGGUACCAAGCGCGUUGAUUUCGCCGAUUUCUGGAUGGGCGACCAGAUAAGCAGCUUGAUAUUCUCGCUAUCCAACGUCUAUGUCAUCCCCUGCAUCUACGCCACGGAGUUCGACGAUGACUGGCGCGACCGGUGCAUGGCCGAGUCGAGCGAGUGGCCUGUCUUGUUCGCAAUUGGCACCAUCCCGCUCUUCAUCCGAGCGAUCCAGUGCGCGAAGCGAUACUUUGAUACCGGAAAGCUGAUCCAGCUGGCUAAUGCUGGAAAAUACGCGCUGGGAAUCAUCACAUAUCUACUGUACUUCCGGUGGAGAUACGAAGAUGAAUGGAGUGGACCCUACUACAUCGCGUAUAUAAUUGUCGCUGCCUCAUAUGCGGUUAUCGCCUGUGGAUGGGACUUCUUCAUGGAUUGGUCUAUCCUCAAUCCGAAAGCAAAGACGUUCAUGCUUCGCGACGAGUUGUUGUAUGGCAAAGUCUAUCUGUACUAUAUCGCGAUUGUUUACAAUAUCAUCGGCCGCUUUGCCUGGAUAUUCUACAUCGUUGAAGCUGGGCCCGACUUCCUGCUUCGCAGCUUCGUCGUCGGGCUCGUGGAGGUGACGAGGCGUUGGGUAUGGAAUUUCUACCGCCUGGAGAACGAGCACAUCGGCAAUGUGGACCAAUAUCGUGCCACACGGGAGAUCCCGCUGCCCUACUGGCUGGAAGAAGAUAUUGACCCGGAGGAGGCGCGUCGUAUAUAA